AAUUGUCUCUUUGUUUCUUCGUAUAGAUCAAUCAAUCAAUGGACUCCAAUUUCUAAAAAUCUCUUUUGUGGUCUUUCCAAUUUCGGAUUUUUGAAUCUUCUCCGAUCAUCAUCUUCACCACCAAUAUGGGUGCUUCAUCUUCAACAGACAACAAAGAAUCAUCUGAGAAACGAGAAAUCGAAAGCCUCGCCGCUUCAACCGGAGCUCUUCCUCUGCUUCAACGUUCCUUCUCAAAGCUCGUUGAUUCUCAAACCAAUACAGUUCCUUUUCAAUCCUUCAAGAAAAGUUUUGGUUUGAGCUACGAUUCAAUUACUUCUGAAGGAGGGCAAAAAGUUCCAGACUCGUUUCCUAGAUUGUUGGAGUGUUUAGGAUCGUCUUUAGUAGAUUUGUUCUUUGUACCUGACAAAGAAGGAUUGAGUUGGGUUGAGUUUGCUAGUGGUUAUGUCAAAUGCUGUGGGAGGAUGUCAGCUUCAAUGUCUUUCAACACUUUGUUGAGAGUUUACUAUGUGACAGCUAAAAAUGCAGGCUUUUCUCCAAAGCUUGAGUUUGAAUCUGAUGAAUCUGAUUGUAAGAUUAGCGGGUCGAUUUCGAGUUCAGAGUUGCUUGUGUUUCUUUGGUUGUGUUGGACAAUGUCGUGGGAUGGUCGUACUUCUAAAGCUGCUGAAAUGAAAGGGUCUUUGUUUCUUCCGGAUAUCAGUCAUCUGGUUCUAUCAGCACUUGUGUCUUGUAUUGAAUCUGAAUCUGGAAACGGUUUUGAAGUUUGGGAGACUGAUGUUUCUGGAUUAGAACUUGAACUUCCUAUUGGGAAAUUCCUAACGUGGGCUUUGUCAACAGUUCCUAGUCUCUCUGAGUGCCUUUCUCACUUUUGUAAUUCGAGACUUCAAAAUGUUGAGGAUGGAUCUGGACCUUCAAAGUCCACUGCUGUAGAUGAUUCUGCGUCCAAGACAAGCGAAAACACCCUUCUAACAUGUGGAAGGGCAUGGGCGAUUUCUUUGACGAGCAAAAGUACAAUAAGCGAGGAGAUUUUGAGCUCAUGCUUUCCUUGCAAUAGUGAUGAAACAAAUAAUCUUCUAUACCGCUCAUACUAUCAUGGGAAAGGCAUGAAUCGACUGUGGUCCAAUGUUGAAGGGUAUCAUGCUCCGAUACUAGUGAUAAUUUCUGCAAGCUGUGAAGGCGAACACAAGGGUACUUCAAGCGAGAGGAAAUGGGUCAUUGGUGCAAUCUUGCAGCAAGGUUUUGAAAACAAAGAUGCAUUUUAUGGAAGCUCAGGGAGCUUGUUCUCCAUUAGUCCGGUCUUCCACGCAUUCUCAUCUUCUGGCAAGGAGAAAAACUUUGCGUAUAGCCAUCUGCAUCCCGCUGGUGGAGUCUACGAUGCACACCCCAAGCCUGUUGGAAUUGGAUUCGGUGGAACUCUUGGAAACGAGAGAAUUUUCAUUGAUGAAGACUUUGCUAAAAUCACAGUCCGACAUCAUGCAGUUGAUAAAACUUACCAGUCAGGCUCUCUUUUCCCAAACCAGGGUUAUUUACCAGUAGAGGCUUUGGUUUUAGAUAUUGAAGCAUGGGGGUUAGGUGGAAGUAAGGCUAGGGAAAUUCAACAAACAUACCAGAAAAGAGAAGAGCUUUUCACAAACCAACGUCGAAAGAUCGACUUGAAGACAUUUACGAAUUGGGAAGAUUCACCUGAGAAAAUGAUGAUGGAUAUGAUGGGUAAUCCUAAUGCUCCUAGAAAGGAAGAGAGGUGAAAUGUGAAGCACGAGGACUGGUUUGAUGUAUGCACAUACGUUUUUAAUUGAGAUUUUGUCUGUACAAUAUAUACAAGCAAGAAACUCUUUUGCUGUUAUGUGCUUGUCUUGUUGAUUCAAUGUGUAAGUUAUGUAUACUAUCGUUGCCAAAACUCAAACUGGCCUUUGUCAAUAAAAACACAAACACAAACGGGCGUGUUGAUUUGAUAAAUGCCCAUUAAA